UUACACAUUAUCUUCUUCCUGUAGAUUCUGUGGACUGCAAGGAACCAGGAGGGUGCCGGCACCACUCUCGGUGAAGAAGUUGAGCAAGUGAAUAGUUUUCUCUCCAGAUGUGCCCUUACCACCAAGUAUAUGGCCAAGUCAGUAAGAACUGACAUGCUGACUGUCCAUGCUAUGGGGAGGAAUGAACGGAAAGAGAAUGGCCUCCAUAUAGCCUUGUCUUCCAGAUUCAAGAAGACAGUAGAGAAGACUGUGGAUGUAGCUGAGAGCCUGAAGACAAUGCAGGAGCAGUUGCAUUGCUGUGAUGACAUGCUGAAACAAUGGGUUGUUGAUGUCAAGCAGUGGGCCAGUAGCAGAAGUGCAGCACCUGGUCCUGUUGAUGCUCAAAGUUUGCAGAUCACAAUCAGAGCACUCUUUGUGAGCAUUUGUCAGAAAAAGCACUACCUUUACAGACAGAAUGAUCGCAACAAAAGAUUGCGACAGAAAAUAACUCAAAAGAUAGCCCAGGAAAAGAAACGGUUGCUGGAAGACAUCCAGAGAUACAACCAACAGCCUGAUGGUGACCUUGUGGACACAGACUUAGUUGUGCAGAAACUCUCUAACAAAGCUGCAGAGAGCAUGAUCUGGCCUUGGCAGGAACAGAACACAGACGGUGUGGACAUCCUCACAAAGAAGAAGCUCUUUGACCACGUAAUGCUUGCCUCACGACUAAAAGAGGAAAAGCAGAUCCUUGUGAAGGAGAUGCUGCAGCACUGCCAGUACCUCAAGGACUCAGUGGCAAAGGUCCAGACGCUGAUGGGCACUGUUUUAGUGAGCACACAGACAGGAAGCUUGCCAAAUGGAUUAACCGAGGAGGGGUCCAAGGGCCUCAUCAGUGCACUAAAGAGAAGACUGCAAGACCUGAGACUCCAACAGCAGACCAUAGCAGGCACCUACAGAUGCACUCUCAAACCAAGUAACAGACUGGUGGAAGAGGAGGACAGGGAAAUGGAGGAAGACAUGGACUGGCAACGUGGCAACAGCUCGGAUGAUGAUGAUAGUGAUGAGGAGGAGGAUGCAGAGAAUUGAACUCAAGUCACUUGGAUUUGAAUCACUCAGUCAAUCACUCAAAGGCGGAGCAGGAUAUCCAGGGCUUGGUUUACACCUAUUGCAAUUUCUAGCCACUGGGGGACCAUAGGUAGGAUAGGGGAACUCAUAUUAACGUUAAAUAACCUCCUAAAGUGAGGUUUUCAUGUCAUGGGACCUUUAACACUAGUAUAAGUAAAGGUUUGGAGAAGCACAUUUCGUCAUAUUGUCUUAAAUAGAAUUCAAAUCCUAAUAGUAAUCAAAUCAAAUGCUUGGACAGUAAUAUGAAUCUGGUAUCUGUGGCCGUUACAGGACUAUAAUUAACACAAAGAAUAACGAAUCCUUAUUGGAUACUGCAGUUCUUUAGUAGAGUAGAAGUUAAUCUCUCUGAUUAAAGUUGGUGAUAGUUUAUCCACAGAGGCAGUGUAUGUUUAAUAAUAGAUGUUCAACUUUUACAACAAGAACUAUAGGCUUUUCACAAGUUGCUUGUGUUGAAAAAUUGCUGUUGGCUACAUUUCAUAUGGAGGAAGGAAUUUGAGAUAUAGCCAAAAGAUAGAGUACAGUCUCUUAGAAUUCGAUGGGCCUAAAUGUUAACCUGACACGGAUAGUUUGUUGCACAGAACCAUCUGGGGAAGUCAUCCUUGGAAACUGUUAGAAAAAGGGCAGGCACUUUUACCCCAAAAUUUGCAAGUGAUUGUAUCUGUCUAUUAGGGCCGGGCGGUAUGACGGUAUAUACCGUGCGACGGAAGAAAUGUGUCUAUCGGGAGAGAUUUGGCUAUACCGUUUCAACCGCGGUAUACUUUUUGACUACUUUUUUAUUUUUUUAGGUUGGGCAAAAAGGGCUCGCAUCCAAAGUCUUUACAAAUUUGUGAUAUUUUUGUAUUUCACAUGAGGUCAUGCCGGGAAAUAUCAAACUGAGGCUUUAACGUAUCGACCGAGCUUUAACGAGGUUGAUACGCCGACACCGAAGUUAGAUAUGGAUAGUAAAACUCAGACUGAUUGCUUUCCCUUGAAAUUUUCGUCGGAGGGCAUUACGGAUCCUUAUUGAGCUGUGAGUACGUCACCAUGCGGAUGGCAUGACUGCGCAUUAGCCAAUCGGAACGCUCGUACUGUGGUUGCCUUUAAAUAAUAGCCAGUAACGUCUUGUAGUACAUGCAAUACCGUUUUUUCCACCACACGAGUGGUACCAUUUCUUAAUUGAAUUUACAGAACAAUUACUAUACCGUGAUAUAUACCGUAACCGUGAUAUAAAAUUACUCAUACCGUGAUAGAAGAUUUUGGCCAUAUCGCCCACCCCUACUGUCUAUCACUCUCUAUCUAAGGCCUGUAGCUGCCAGGAGUUCCUCUGUAGGAUGAUAAUUCGUUUGGCAGCAAGUGCAUAACUUCAGACGGCCUAAGGUCAGAUGGCUGAGCGGUUAGGGAAUCGGGCUAUUAAUCAGAAGGUUGUCGGUUGACUCCCGGCUGUGCAAAUUAUGUUGUGUCCUUGGGCAAGACACCUCACCCUACUUGCCUCGGGGGGAAUGUCCCUGUACUUGCUGUAAGUCGCUCUGGAUAAGAGCGUCUGCUAAAUGACUAAAUGUAAUGUAAAUGUAACUUGAAGCCUGGCAAGAUGGAUUCAUGCACAAGCUAACUCAAAUUAAGC